AUGAGCAGUUCCGAGUCGUCCUUUGCGCCUGACGAAAAUUCCGACUCCGACUCCGAGUUUAGUCUCGAUGAACAACCCGAGCAGACGCGUAGUCGGCGCUCUUCUUCACGAAUCGAAGUGGUGGAUAACUCAUCAGACGAUGGUGAUAAAGAUGGAGAUGAAGAUCUGAACUCCGACUUAGAGUCAGGCGCAGACUUGAACGUCCGCGAUAACCAAUUCGAAAUUCUUUAUGCUCGCAUUCAGCAUCUGUCGCCGGAAAUCCUCGACGCCUACUCUUCGCUCGUAACGGAGGUCGAAAACGAUAUCAUUUUAUCGGCAACUCGAGAAGAUGAGGAGAUUCAUAACGUCCAUCAACAUGGAGCGGUGAUUUGGACUGCAACCGAAAAGGAAAUUUUAUACAAUGUGCUUGACAGGAAAGGCAGGAAUGGCAUCAAAGAGAUUGCCUCUGCCAUUGGAACCAAGUCGGAACUCGAAGUCAUGGAUCAUCUCCGGCUCCUCCAUCGCGGUUUGGAGAGCCAGCAUCUCCUUGAGCGGCACAUCAAAACGAUCAUCAUGGGUGACGUUCCCGCAGCCGCCGAGAUCAGCGAGCAAUGUUGCGCCAAGUUAGACGAGUAUGCCCGGGGUCUGAGAGCCAAAGAAGAUCUCGCUGCCGUACCGGCUGCACGGAUGCGAUACGGUGAUAAUUGGACUGUCAGUAGUACCCAGGCGCAACAACUACUAGCGGCUGAAAUGGAUGUUCCGUUACGUGGUGACAUUCACCUUCCUGCCAACCUGCUCAACAUUUCAACAUGGAUCGAGCUCGAACAACGGUUUUUCAUGAAUUUCGGGGGCUCGCAAGCGGAGGAUAACUGGGUGAAUAUCGCCCAGUCGAAAAACGAGUCUCCCUCCAUCAGCGGCGAUGCGCUGAUGGACUUUUACGCUUUGACUGUUAGCAUCACACGUCGCUUGAUACAGUCGACUCAAUUCGUAGCCAUGAGCAGAAUACGAAGUCAGCGCCUGUACGGCCGUGAGCGCGCUAAUGCCGUUCGCAGGAAAGAUGUCAAGGCCGCUGUCAACAUUCUGAACAUGAAGCCAAAGCGAACGGACUUCCUGCUCAGACUUGCCCGCCGAAACGAACUAGUUAUCGAAGACAGACACAAAAGAAAGGGCUGGAAGACCCGAACAUUCGACUAUGACGAGGCGGAGAAGAUUCUCAACGGGGAAGCAGAUUACUUCAAACGCGUCAGGGACGCAACCGUCACCAACACAGCAGAUGCCGACGAUGAAGUCGAAGAAGAAGAUGAGAACGACCUCGACAAUUUCGACGGCGAAGACUCACGUCAUCCUUCAAGAAUGACCUCCCAGCAACCGACCGAACAUUCUACUUCCCCCGCAUCUUCAGACGAAGAGCAAGACCCCCUUGACUCAGAAGAAGAACACGCCAACGCCGUCGACCUCGAACAUAAUCGUCACGAAGAACUCGCUCUAUGGCGCCUCCUUGAAAACCCCGCACCACCACACCUCGAACCCCCCAUCCGAACAGAACAAGACGACAAAGAUGUCUCGCGCAAACCACCCGCGGAGCGCAAAGCGCCCCAAGACAUGGUCGAAUGGCGCGAUCGAGUCCUCUACCGCGGUGAAUGGGAGGAAUACGGUUAUAACAUUGGCGAUGUGGAGGAGGCGGUGGUUGAGAACCGGCGGAAAAGGCGCCGUAUUGAUGAGCCUUUAUCUGCUUCUGUGGUUAACAGUGAGGAUGAUGCGGAGGAGGAGGAAGGGCCACAGCUUGGCGCGGAGGAACAUACGCGAGUUGAGCCUCCCAGGUAUGGUUCAGCUGGUUGGGAUGCCUUUUUGCAAUCGUUUUUGACGACGGGGCAAGGCCAACCCGGUGAGAGGAAUUCCUAG